AUGGCUGGAAAGAGCAGCGGCACAUUGCGGCGUGCCAUUGGAUUGGCCAAAUCGUUCCUCGUGGAGAAGUUAGAGGAUCAGAAGAAGGAUUCAAAAGAAGACGUCACAAAAUUCGAUGAGGAGGAAUUAGUAGAAUUCCUCAAGCAAACACAUCAAGACCAUGAGCAGAUCAGGAUUCAAGUCGAGAAAAUCCAAGGAUACGAAGAUGAAUGGGAUCAAAUGAUAUUGAGGGAUCCAAGAGAAGUGGAAGUGAAGGCUAACUACAUCACGAAGUAUGGAUCGUACAUGGCACAAGUGGAAGCUGGUCACAAGCAGAUGCAGGACAUGGAAGCAAAGUACCGCGAAGCAUGGGACAGACUCAACGCCAAGGAUGAGAAGCUGCCGGAUAUCACCAACAGUACUUCGCCUGCAGCAUUACAAGAGUUCUACAUCAAUGCUCAAAUGAUUUUCAAUGAGCUUAUGUCACUUGGAUGCGAGAUGGACAAUUUAUCAACUGCUGAUGCUAUCGAAAGCAAAUUGCCGUUCCGCGUCGUCAGGAAAGCUUAUACCCAAGGAUGCAGAGAUACGCCGUACAAAGCUAGUGAGUUGCUGGAGAUGGUUGGAAAAAUUUCGAGAUCGGAGAGUUUGCUGGCUGCAAUCAAACCAACAAAUGAGCAGCGUACAACUACAAUGGCUGUGCAGAAUCGUCAUGGUCAAGGGAAGAAUUCGAUGAACAAUCGUCAGAAGGAGAAGGUCAAGAAGCCGUGCAAGUAUUGUGUGGAAGAACGAAUGAUGCAUCAUCCAAUGGACUGCCGAAAGUAUGCUACGAAUGAAGAAAGGAAAGUGAGAGCUGGUCAACUACAACUGUGUUUCAAAUGCUUGGAAGCUGGACACGUGGCUCGAGACUGCAGCUGGAAAUGCAAGGAAUGUCAAGGAAAACAUCACUUCACCAUGUGUCACAAGAGGGAGCAACAAGGACAAGGACGUCAACAACAUCCAAGGAAUGCUGGACACAGUUUAUCCAAAAUGAAUUUUUCAAUAAAUCGCUUUUUCGAGCUUUUUUCCCACUCAAAUAAAAGAGCAAAUAUACUUUUAACUUUCGAAAAAUGCAAAUCAUUUCUCCAACAUCCAAGAAAAAAAAGAAAAAAAAAGAAAAUGGACAACGAGGGAAUCGAACCCCAAACUUGUGAUUCCUAUUCAUCCCCACACAGGUCCUGGGCGCGCAUACUUGCUGAAGUCAAAAACAAGUAUUAA